AUGGCACUUGGAAGAUUUAAAUGUCCUCCGUGUACAAUUUCGUACGUCGAUCCUAACCUGAACAGUUUAGUUGUGAGUUCCUGUCCACAAUAUGAUGUUAACUGGGAUGACUCGAACAUCUCAAACGUGAGCAGCAGGAAACCAUGCGAGACAGGCAGCCUCAGCAGCAGCGUCACUGACGACAAAGACAUUGAUGACAUCAUCGACAUUGAUGACGUAACAAACAUCAUAAACAACAAUAAUAAAAGCAACACAACUCACAACAACAACAACAACCUCAGCAACGACACCAACAUCCAAGACAACAUCAGCACCAACAAAAGCAAUCUGUGUCGUCAGAAAUGUUUCCAGUUGGACGAGGGAGACGUCAAAGAAUCAGAUUGUGAGGAUUUGAUUGACAAGUUGUUCAAGUUGCAAGCAUCAAGAUUCAAUGACCAAAGAUGUUCCUUUCCUAAACAACGACAACAACAGUUCUUACAAAAAUCCAAGUGUAACACAAAUUACUUCAUUGGUAGUCAAUGUGAACUGCAGCAAAGACUAACGACAGAUCCACAAAAACUCCUGUGGAAUAAUAAUCUCCAGCAAAGACGGCGUGUUCACUCCACAGAAAUUUUAUUAAAAUUUAACGAUUGCAACAAAUACAAAUCAACAACAAUGAAUCAACAGUAUCGCAUCAACGAUGAUUUUCAGCAAAAACAACAACGACUUCAGCAACAACAACUGCAACAUAAACAGCAGCAGCAGAACAAGCAACAAGCGCAACUCAAACAACAGUUCAAAAAGCUUUCCUCUCCUGGAAAAAAUGAUGAUCACCAAUCUUGCUUUGUCUACCCAACAUAUCAACAUCAAAAACAACGACAAACGCAACAAUCAGAAGUAAGCAAACUUUUAAAAGUCACUUUUCACUCUUAUUAA